AUGCAGGGUGAUAGUACCAUCAUAGUCAAAGCGGCCACGCGUAUAGCCGAGGGCGAGGAAUUGACUAUUAGUUAUAUCGAUGAGAGCUUGACCCAUUCGGAACGACAAGCGGCACUAGUCGACUACGGCUUCGAGUGUGGGUGUAUGGGGUUAUUUCUGUUUAUGUGUAUGGCUGCUAAUAAGACUAUUCACUUGCCACUCCGUUGCUCUGUAGGUGUCCGCGAUGUCUUCUGCAUAUUUAGUCGACGCCACUGCAACGAAUCUCUCAACGAGAUGGCGAUGGACCCAACACACAACUGGGUUUAG